AUGCCAGGUGUAUUAGCAGAGACCACUGCAAAUCAUUUAGGUAGAAGCAUUCGUAAUUUAAGACAACAAGUAAUAACACUUGUUGAGAUUGUAUACGUCUAUGUUAUUAUUUUAUGCAAUUUAAAAUCCUCUGUACUACGUAUUACUGAGUUGAGCAAGCUCAACGUUCGGACUGAGUACACCGUCAGAACAUCGUUUAUGGAAAUCCACAACGAAGAAGUCCAUGAUUUAUUCAGAGAUAAUAUGGCUUUGAGGAUGUACGAUUACCCACUUGUUAAAGGAUCUGUUAGUUUGAAACAGUUGAGGACAGUUACGGUAUUCAAUACGGCAAACCAUUUGUGUUCGCACGUCAUUCUUAGGUUUUUAGUAAGCGUACGGGAAAUCGAUGGUAGAGGUGACGAGAUCAACAGAAGUGUAAUACUACGACUGCUGGAUUUGCUAGGUAGUGAAAGCGCUGGACGGGAACGAGCCCGAGAUUUCGGCAACGUCAAUCGUUCUAUCCAGACUGCACCAAUAGUGAUUAAAGCUAUAGCUCAAAGAAUACAGCACGUGCCUAGGGAGUCCAACCUGACUAGAAUUCUACAAGAUAAUUUGAACGGUAACACCAAAACCGCGAUGAUUGCCAAGCUCAGGCUCUUGGAAGGACACAGUAGCCACACUGGAACUAGGACAGCUCGCUUCAUCUAUUAUAUCAAUUUCUUGAAAGAAUUAGAUGAUGAGUUUGACAAAUUGAAUUUUGAAUUCGCCGCUGCCAAAAGAUGCGAAGGAGUUUUCGUCAGCAACCAAUCCUUCAAACAAAUGACAGACGAUACUAACAACAACAACCAAAAAGUUCUCAAACUGGUGGCCGAAUUGGCGAACCACAAAUGUUCUAUCGAUUUGCAGUAUCGCUUUCUACAACUCUCCUUCCACAAAACCAAAGAUGUUCUAGAAACCGUCCAACAAAGGAUUGCCGAAACACGAAAGGUUUUAUUAAACGAGAAAGUAACGUUGAAUGCUGCCACGGAAAAACAUAAAGACUUUACCAAGACUCUUUUAGAUGUUUGUAGACGCUCCACGCGGAAUAAAGAAAUUUAUUAUAGAAAGUAUCAACAGGCAACUGCUGCGAAUAAACAGAACGCGCAAAAGUCAAAAGCAAUGCUUUCGAUUUUGAACAGCUGUCUUCAGGAUGUUGUCGAUGAGACACAACAUUUGGCUGUUCUGAGUAAAGAGACAUCGGAUAGUGCAUGUUGCAUGGAUUUUAUUGCUUCUGAUAUGCGCAGCUACGCUGACAACUAUAACUUGACUUUGAACGAAGUGGCACGAAACGAUUUAAAUUGUCAUUUAAAGGCGCUUCAGGAUGUACCAAGCGGCAGAUUUGAGCACAAUCUUGCCCAUGUUCGCACACCGACGAAAAUCAGAGACACGAUGGAAGCCAUAAAGCAAGAUUAUGAGACGGACUUGCGCGAUAUGGGGGUGCAUUCUGAGAAUACUUCUCACAGCGUAAGUAGGAAGACAGCUGAUGAAAAUGAAGCUCUAAUAAAAACAGCAAAUAAGAAUUUUUUCCAAAAUUCCAAAGCUUUAUUAGAAAGAGCCGCCAUUUUAGAAGCACACAUCGCUAAAGUAAAAGCUAUAAAAGAGCGAAACGCGAAUAUGGCCCUAGCACCAGUACGAGAAUCCAUCAAUCAUUACUUGGAGCAACCACCCAUAAUCCUGAAUACCUCAAUGGUGAAAAUAAAAAAUGUUUUGCAACAAGCCGAGUCUAGACAAAGUCUCGUGCACACUCAAGCAGAGUCAGAUCGGAGCUCUAUACAUCGAGCCGUGAAGGAAAUGGAAGCAACCGUCAAAGAAAAUCUAACUCAAAGAAAUGAAGAAGUUCGCAACAGACAAAAUUUAGUCGAAAAAACAUUACCGACUUUGGGUCGAAUGGAUGACACUUUCAUGCAGUUGUCGCAGAAUCUAGUGCACCGAAACAAAAAAUCAACGGUUACAAAUUUAGCUGUAUUCGCCCAAUAUGUAUCGGAAAUCACUGACUGCAAUGGACAAUACGAUGUAGUAUACACCGACUUCGCCAAAGCUUUUGAUCAGAUUGACCAUGGGUUACUCCUUGAGAAAUUAAGCAACUUGGGCUUUUCGAACUGA